AUGUUGCGAGUUCUCACAUCUCGCAUCCGAGCCUCAAAUCUGGGUUCCUUACGGUGCUCCUCCGGAUUAGCAAGUACCAAUAACACUGAAUACAAGGGUAUUAGAUCUUCCAUUGAGAAAGUAGUUGAUUCUUAUGAAGAAUUUAUUGGAGUUAAAGCUGUAAAAGAAGCUCAAGCUGGAGUGAUGCAGUGGGAAGAGAAACUCAGCGAAGCUCAAAUGAUAAGGAGGGAAAAGCAAGCUGAAAUCAAAAGUGUUCAGUCAAAAAUAAAAGAUAUUCAUUUAGAACUUGAUAAAACUAGUAGAGGAGAAGACAAGUAUCUUCAUUUGAUAACCGAAGAACAUUCUUUGAUUAAGCAAGAACGUUCCUUAUUGGAGUCGUUUGAGCAAUUAGAAACCGAUGAACGUGAGGCAUUUCAUAAGUUGUCGAAUAGAGUAAGGGAGAGUCAUGAGAAAGAAAGAGAACGUGUUGAAAAAACCAAAUGGUGGUCUGUUAGCGCUUCACUAAUAGGUGCUCUGAUUGGUAUAAUUGGAACGUCCAUAGGUAAUGAGCUGCGAAUGAAAAGACUCCGCGAAAUCUUACCCAUCGGAAGUGCCAAGAUGGGCGAGCUCGCUCGAGUUAUUGACGAACAGAACAAUACUGUCACUGGCUUCAUCGAGGAAAUGAAAAGUGCGCUGAAGCUAGAUACCCUCCAUGUUGAAGCUCCCAAAAAAGUUUUGUUAUCGGAUGAGGACAUGGGAAAAGUUCUUGGGGCAAUCAAGGAAGAGAACGCUAGGCUUUCAUCCCAAAUGGCUGAACUAACUAGGUUAGCUCGUUUAGAAGCUGCUUUAGAUGCUGAUCCCAAUGCUGUUGUUUACGUAGGAAGUGAGAUGGAGCAUUUAUUAGAACAAACAGAAAGAAACAUUGAAUCCAAAAUGAAAUUACAAACACUGUUAUCAGUUGUGUUCUUAUACACAGCACUUGGUGUAACAGUUCCUCUGAUUUUCGCAAUGUUCCGUGGAGGAUGA